GCAAAGCUUGCGUUGGGUUCAAAACGUUUCAGUCCGGUACUCCAACAUUGAAUUCCAAACCCAACACUAUGUUCAACUUAGAUUCUCUCUGUUUCUUUAAGACAAAUCUGCAAAGUGUAAUCAUCAUUCUUCAACCUGUUUCAACCGUUACCGGAACAAUCGAGCUCCUAUUCUAUCACCAUGCUUAAGGUCCCAGAGCAUCAAGUCGCCGGUCGACAGGCCAUCGACGGCAAACUCGGCCCUCUCAUAGACAAUUCGGGCCAUUUUUACAAGCCUCUACAAGACGACGACGAACGCGGCACCAGAGAACUAACCUUCUACCACUCAUUCUCAUCCAACACCCGUAUUCCACACCACAUCCGCCGAUUCUUCCCUGUUUUCCACGGCACCCAACUCUUAAAAGCCUCCGACAGGUCCGGUUUACGUCCCCACCUCGUCUUACAAGACAUAACUUCCGACCACCUCAACCCAUCCAUCUUGGACAUCAAAAUCGGUUCCAGAACAUGGUACCUCGAAGCAUCAAAUGAUUAUAUCCAAAACUGCUUCCACAGAGACAAAACAACCACUACUGUCUCUCUAGGUUUUAGAAUAUGCGGACUACAAAUAUACAAUGAAUCGGGUUUUUGGAAACCGGGAAGGAAACUAGUCCGGAACUUUACAGCAGAUGAUGUUAGAUCGGUUUUAAGGAAGUUUGUUUCGUCGAAUGUUGGACCGGAACCGGAUUGUUGCUUUGCUGGUAGCGUAUACGGUGGUUGUGAUGGGAUUUUGGAACGUUUAUUGGAGCUGAAAACAUGGUUUGAAGAUCAAACCAUGUACCAUUUUCGUUCGUGUUCGGUUCUGCUCUUGUUCGAUAAGGAAUCGUUUUUGAGAGGAAAGACACCAUUUGCUGAAGUUAAGCUUAUUGAUUUCGCUCAUGUUGUGGACGGCAAUGGUGUUAUCGAUCAUAACUUUUUGGGUGGAUUAUGCUCGUUUAUUAAGUUUGUUUCUCAGGUUCUCGCCGAUUCAAAGGGAUCCACGAUGGAAGAUAAAAUUUAAAGAAUCGGAUAAGAAAUAUGCAUGUGCACGUACGUACUCAGAAAUAAAAGUGAAUAUACAUGAGACCUCUAUAAUAUUAACAAUACGAGGACAAUUUAGAAUAAAGUUAAUAUUUAUUGUUUAAA